AAAUCGCUCUCAACGGGCGUCAGGCUAGAGAACAUUUCAGCUCCUCGGCUUCAUUCAGUUUCAUUUUAUUCGUAACAAAGAUCUACUUAUUUUCGGAACUUUUUUUUUAACAGAAUAGAAGCAAAAAGAAAUUAAAAAAAAAAUAUACAAAAUCGUUAGUCAAAAUAAAAGAAAAUUGUUUCUUCAAAAAGUGUAAAUUGAGCUAGUAAGAUAUAGAGAAUAACUUCUAUUCGCGUUUUGGUAACUGAAACAAAUCGAAUAAAUCGCGAUGGCGGAUACGGAAUACACGGAUGAGGGCGAGUAUGAGGAUGAGGAACGGAACUUCAUGGGUGAGCACGAGAUGAUAGAGGAGGCACAGGAGAAGGACUUGUUCUCCAUGCUGGGCGAAUCCUCCGAUGAUCCCGAGCAAAAGCGCAUGUACAUGGAGUACCUGGCGCUGAUCAAAGAGAUCGACUGCCAGAAUAAGAUUAUCCAGGACAUUAAGAGCAACAUUAUGGACAUGUGCGCCAAGCCCUGCAAGACGCGGAACGAGCUGCGCGAGAUCAAGCGCCUGAGGAUAUGCAUGGAGCAGGAGAACAUCAAGCUUCACGUCAUGAUGAACCGAGCCAUCGAGCUGCAGAACUUUGGCUCACAUCGUCACUACAGGGAGCUGCCCAUGACUACCACCGUGGACGAGGACAAGCUCUCGCCGUACAUGUGCGGCAUUGGGGUCGGUGCCCCGGAUGCCAGUGGCAGUGGUGACCCAUGCAACGAGGAGAACAGCUCCAGCUCUGGAGGCGGAGGUCAGCGGGACAAUGCUGGACAGGAUGACAAACUGGUGUGUUGCCUGCAGAAGGCUAUGCAGAAGAUGAAGGGCGCCUGUCCGGAGGACAAGAAGAUGAUCGAGGAGAUUGCGGCCGCCAUCAUGAGCUGCAAAAAGCCGCAGCCUGUCUGCAGUCCUCGGUCUUCUCCACCCAAGCCCUGCCCGGAGAGCAGUAGCAGCAGCAGCGGUGGUUUUCCUCCCUGUCCGCCGUGUCCUCAAGCGCGUCGCAAGUCCCGGCCCACUCAGUCUCCUCCUUGCCCGCCUUCUGGCAAAAGCGACUCCAUGGAGAAGCUAAAACGUCGUAUCCAGAGCAUGCAGAACUCGGUGAAGAAGCUGCUUCAGGAGGUGGGCAAUCGCGAAGGACAGGCGGAAUCCUGCAUGGACCCUGACGACGACGAAGAUGAGCAGGAGGAUAACUGCGCGAAGGCUGCCCCGCGAACACCGUGUCCCGAGGAUCCCGAUCCUUUAGUCAUAUGCGGGGGCAAGCGUAACACCAAGGCUGACAAGUACGAGAAGAUGAAGGAAAACUACACCAGGCUGCUGACCGAGUUCCAGCGCAAGGACUGCCAGAUGAAGGAGCUCCAAAAGAGGAUGAAGGGCAUCUGUGGUCCCAGCCCCGCCAAAGGUGCCGAUGCCGAUGCUGACGCCGCGGAACUUAAUCUGCUCCGAGCUCGUGUCAACGAACUGAAGGAGGAGCAGCUGGAAUUUAAGUGCAUUAUGAAGGAGCAAUCCCAGCAGUUGGAGGAUUACCGGAACAAGUACCUACUGGCCCAGCAAAAGGUCGAGGAGCAGUGCGUCUCUCUGGAGAAACUGAAUAUGAACAACAAGCGUAUCGAACAGCAGAUCAACACUGAGGUCAAGGAGAUUCGUGCCAAGUUCCAAGAGAAGCUCAAUGAGCUCCUCCACUUCCCCAAACUUCUCGAAAACGAACAGCUGAAGCUCGCACAGGUGUGCAAGGAAAAGGAUGAAAUGCAGGGCAAGCUGGUGGUGGUCUGCAAGGAACUGAAGUCCUGCAAGACCCAGCUGGAGCAGCCCACUAGCGUCGAUGUGAGGCCCCAGUUGGCCCAGUGUCAAAUGGAGCUCAGUCAGGCCCGCAACGAACUAGAGGAGCUCCUUCGACAGCGCGAUCUCUUCUGCGAGCAACUGAAGUCCACCCAGGAUGACUUGGACACAAUGCGUACAGAGUCUGCAAAGAUUAUAGCCGGCACCAAGGAACGAGCCGAGCUGAUCAAGUCCCAGCAGCAGCAACAGAUCAAUCGCUUGGAAAAGGAGUUGGCCCAAUGCCGAGCCACAGCAUCCCUCUCUGUGAACGAUCGAGAGUCUGUGAUCCGGGAAAUGCAGGGACAAUUGAACACCUUGUCCUACAGCUUCGAUGCGGCCCAGAAGCAGAUUAAGACCUUGCGCAAUCACAUCGCAUAUGUGUCGAACGAGAACUGUUUCCCCGUCAAGUGCUAGGUGGGGACGCCUGUGUGAGAUGAUGUUAGAUUCUUGUGUUUUAAGCCUUAUUCUAACAAUGCCCCACCAACUAAAGUUAUUAUUAUACAAAAUUUGUUUGUCCACCCAAAUCUCAGUUACGAGCUAAUAAAAAUAUAUACAUAAAUGGGAA